CAUGCUCAGAGGACCCUGCAUAGAGAUGUAAUGCUGGAGACCUACAGCCUCCUCUUGUCCUUAGGACACUGUGUUCCUAAACCUAAAUUGAUUGCCAAGCUGGAGCAAGGUGCAGAACCAUGGAUAAGAGAAGCCUCAGACAAGAAUCUCACAGAUGUCCAAGAAAUGGAGUACAGGAUUAAGACCUGUCAGGAAAGUCCCUAUGAAUAUCUGUCUGAAGUAGCAGUCAUGAAUAGUAACACAGGAGAGGAAAAAGUAAGAUUAUUAACAACUUUUAAUUUAAGAUCAAAACCUAAGUCGGAGCUGAUUAGAAAUAAUGGGAACUCCUUGGGGAUGAGAACAAAGGAGUUUAUGCGAUGUCAGAACAUGCUUCUCUAUGGUGAACCUGAUUUGAUAUGUGCUGCCUAUACUCCUGGUGUGUCUCCUGUAGUUUUUGAAUAUAACCAACAUGGACAGCCUUUUACCCAGAAGGCACAUCUUACUGUCCAACAGACAACACACACAGGAGAGAAACCUUAUGAAUGUAACCUGUGUGGAAAGUCUUUCACCCAGAAGGCACACCUUACUGUCCAUCAGACAACACACACAGGAGAGAAACCUUAUGAAUGUAACGUAUGUGGAAAGUCUUUCACCCAGAAGGCACACCUUACUGUCCAUCUGACAACACACACAGGAGUGAAACCUUAUGAAUGUAAGGUGUGUGGAAAGUCUUUCACCCGGAAGGCACACCUCACUGUCCAUCAGAGAAUACACACAGGAGAGAAACCUUUUAAAUGUAACGUGUGUGGAAAGUCUUUCGCCCAGACAUCACACCUUACUUUUCAUCAGACAACACACACAGGAAAGAAACUGUAUGGAUGUAAUAUAUGUGGAAAAUUUUUUACCUGGAAGGCACACCUUACCAUCCAUCAGACAACCCACACAGGGCAGAAACCUUAUGAAUGUAUGGAAUGUGGAAAGUCUUUCAUCCGGAAAUCAAACCUUAUUUUGCACCAGAGAACUCACACAGGAGAGAAACCUUUUGAAUGUAACCUGUGUGGAAAGUCUUUCAGCCAGAAGUCACACCUCACUGUCCAUCAGACAACACACACAGGAAAGAAGCCUUAUGAAUGUAACCUGUGUGGGAAGUCUUUCACCCGGAAGGCACACCUUACUGUCCAUCAGAGAACACACACAAGAGAGAAACCUUAUGAAUGUAAUGUGUGUGGAAAGUCUUUCAUCCGGAAGGCAAACCUUACUUUUCAUCAGAAAAUUCACACAAGAAAGACACUGUAUGAAUGUAACAAGUGUGGAAAAUCUUUUCACCUGAAGGCAUACCUUACUGUCCAUCAGAGAAUACACACAGGAGAGAAACCUUAUGAAUGUAACAAAUGUGGGAAGUCUUUCACCCAGAAGAAAACCCUUAAGGUCCAUCAGACAACACACACAGGAGAGAAACCAUACAAAUGUAAUAAAUGUGGAAAGUCUUUCACCCACAAGGCACAAAUUAAAAUCCAUCAGACAACACACACAGGAGAGAAACCUUAUCAAUGUAAUGUGUGUAGAAAGUCUUUCACCCAGAAAGGAAACCUUAGGAUCCAUCAGACAACACAUACAGGAGAGAGACCUUAUGAAUGUAGGAGGUGUGGAAAGUCUUUCACCAAGAAAAUCAGCCUUACUUUCCAUGAGAGAAAACACACAGGAGAAAAACCUUAUGGAUGUAGCUGGUGUGGAAAGUCUUUCAUCCGGAAGUCGAUCCUUAAAUCACAUCAGAUAAUACACACAGGAGAGAAACCUUAUGAAUGUAUGGAGUGUGGAAAGUCUUUCAGGUGGAAGGCAGCCCUUAACAUCCAUCAGAUAAUGCACACAGGAGAGAAACCUUAUGAAUGUAACAGCUGUGGAAAGUCUUUCACCAGGAAGGUAUACCUUACUGACCAUCAGAGAACACACACAGGAGAGAAACCUUUUGAAUGUGACCUGUGUGGAAAGUCAUUCAGCCACAGAGGAAACCUUACUGUCCAUCGGAGAACACACAGGAGGAAAACUUUAGGAAUGUAACAGCUGUGGAAAGAGUUUCACACAGAAGUCAACCCUUAUUUAUCAUCAGAGAGCACAACACAGGAGAGAAGCCUUAUGAAUGCAACAAAUGUGGAAAGAACCGUCCACAGGAGGCCACAGCCUAGCAUAUAAGAAAAUUCACCCAAAUGAAAAAUCUCUGGAAUGUAACAAGUAAGGAAAGUCUUUCAUCUGGAAGAGAAGUCAGUUUGCAAUAGAGAACCCACACAGGAUACAAACCUUAUCAAGGUAGAAAUGUGGAAUUCUUCAACCAGAAGGCACAGCUCAGGGUUCAUCAUUGAACACACACACACAAGAGAAAUCAUAGCA